AUGGUAUCCUGUGACAUUGGGGGUGAUGGUGCUGUUGUCAGGGACAGGGAUGUUGUUUUGACGUGCCAAUUCAUAGACAAGUUCUCUGUGUUUGAGGCGACUAAGCCCAUGAGACGGAUCUCCUCAACAGAACUUCCUGCUCUGGCUGCUGGGGAUUUUCUUGGGGUAACUUUCAAGUUCUUCAAGAAGCUUGUAGUGGGUCCCCCGGAUGCCACCAAUGGAACAUCCAGCAGUGAUGAAACACUGGACCUAGAUCAUCUGGUGACCCCUGACCCUGUGACAUCUGACCCGGAAGACCAGCUGCCCACCUUUGACCCAGAGGAGGGCAGCACAGAUGAGACAGAGGGCAGCACUACAGAGGGGAGUAUGAAACACCCCACUUCGGGACAAGACGAUGAAGGGGAGCUGUUUGAAGCCAACUUUAAACCUAACUUUAACCUCCGCUCCAGUCCAACUCCUCGCCCCAGUCCAACUCCUCGCCCCAGUCAAAGCAACACAGAGGACAAUUAUGAAAAGUACGACUAUGAUUCCAGUCCAAGUGAGAGACCUGAUUCAUCAGAGGAAGAUGAAGUGAUCCUGGAUACCGAAAGCCCCACAGCAGAGUUUGUCCCCACAGCAGAGUUUGUCCCCACAGAAGAGUUUGUCCCCACAGUAGAGUUUGUCCCCACAGCAGAGUUUGUCCCCACAGCAGAGUUUGUCCCCAUAGCAGAGUUUGUCCCCACUACAGAGUUUGUCCCCACAGCAGAGUUUGUCCCCACAGAAGAGUUUGUCCCCACAGCAGAGUUUGUCCCCACAGUAGAGUUUGUCCCCACUGCAGAGUUUGUCCCCACAGCAGAGUUUGUCCCCACAGCAGAGUUUAACCCCACCACUGAUUUUCCGAUGGAUUUGGAAGAUGUUAACGCAAUCCUUGACCCUAACCCCAGCCCCAGUCCUCAUCCAACUCAUGAUGCUAGCACCACAACAGAGAAAGAGGAGUUGGAGGACGAUAUAUUCAGACCAAACUUUGUCCCCAGCCCUAGUCGUGUACCGGAUCCCAGCCCCAGCCAUAGUCCCAUCUCAGAGUUUGAAGAAGAAGACCUGUUACCUCUUAGCCUUGAUCCAAGCUUUAGUACCACCUCCAGACCAAGCCAAAGUUCAGGGACCAGCCAUACACCUCGUUCUAACCUAACCAGUAUGACAGGCUUGGAGGAAGCCGUGGCUGCAAAGAUGAAUACAGAGCUGGCCUUCACCUCAACCACCAGUUCUGCCGCACCUACAACAGUCAGGAUGAAUUCAGACAUUGAAGGGUCAGGGUCGGGAUUCCUGCCUCAGAGUAGCACCACAGUAGCAGCCCCUGCUGGUGAGGAGGACCAAACAUACAACUCCCUAGUCGAUAAGCCAUUCAUUGAAACAGAGACAAGAAUUCAAGGCACCAAUAGGCUUGCUCUACCAAGGGAGGAACCGGCAGUGGAUACCUCUACAGUUCUUCAUGAUGCAGCUGCUGUAAAACCAACCCCAUCCAGACAACAUGAUUCAUAUACAUCAGGUUGGUUGAUCAUCGUUGCCUUCGUCGCGGGCGUGGCGGUCUUGGUCGUAAUCUGUGUUGCCAUAGGUACCAGAGACAGGUGGAAUGCACCGGCCCAGGCAUCUGAGAAGAAGGGCUCAGGAGAUGAGAAGGCGGAGCGGGAAAUGGAGAGGUUUCUGUCUAAAGAGAGGCCAAGGGAAAACGUCCACGCUGGAGAGUACACUGUUAUACUUCUGGAGGACCUCCCAGAGAAAGAGCCGCUGCACUGAGACGGGCCGAGGAGAUGCAGAACGGGGACAAAAUAGGAACAACUGACACCUGAGAAAUAGAAUGGAACGGGUCUCCCCAUUCUAGUCAUUUUUGGCAUAAUAGGUGGCAUACUGGGUGGCAUAAUGGGUGCCAUUAUGGGUGACAUAAUGGGUGGCAUAAUGGGUGGCAUUAUGGGUGGCAUAAUGGGUGGCAUAAUGGGUGGCAUUAUGGGUGGCAUAAUGGGUGGACCCCCCCAUUCUUGACACACACGGGAAACUGUUGAGUGUGAAAAACCCAGCAGCGUUGUAGUUCUUGACACAAACGGGUGCACCUGGCACCUACCCCGUUCAAAGGCACUUAAAUCUUUUGUCUUGCCCAUUCACCCUCUGAAUGGCACACAUACACAAUCCAUGUCUCAAUUGUCUCAAAGCACAAUCCAGUCUCCUCCCCUUCUUCUACACUGAUUGAAGUGAAUUUAACAAGUGACAUCAAUAAGGGAUCAUGGCUUUCACCUGGAUUCACCUUGUCAGUCUAUGUCAUGGAAAGAUUUCUCACAGCAGGAAAAUAAUCCUGCAGCAACUGGAAAUGUGAAUUAAUGUGUGGAUUAUAAUUAAUGGACAUUUUUGUAGGGGUUGAUAAUGCAUUUUUGUAGUUACAGCAAAUCAAGUGUGACAUUUUUAAGUGGAAAUUACAAACUUUAGAACUCUUUUUAAACCUUGAAUAACUACAAGUUUGCACCGGGUGAUCAAAUGAAGACCCUACAUCUGUAGCUAGUGAUAGCAAAUUCUAUGACUAUGAAUGGAGACGUUCUAGUGGGGGACACGUCUGUGGCGUGUGAGUUUGAACUGUCCCUUUGACCUUUGCUAUCCCAGAUAAGUCAGGUUGAUAAACACCUGUACCGAUGGGCAAUGGAUAAACACCUUGCUAUAUCUCUGUUGACAUUAUGUAUAUUAUCAAAGUUGCAAACACUGUCAGAACCAUAGAAAGAAAAGAAAAACAAGGUCAUACUGAAUUUCUAAUUCUCACUCACCGACCAGUGUUGUUGUUGUUGUUAUUGUUGUUGUUGUUGUGAUUGUUG